AUGCCUGUACAAGCUCAUUUCCGCAUCACAGGAUUAUACGCGGGUAGUGGAGAGGGCAAGGUGGACCAGGUAUACGCGGGUAGUGGAAAGGGCAAGCUGGACCAGGUAUACGCGGGUAGUGGAGAGGGCAAGCUGGACCAGGUAUACGCGGGUAGUGGAGAGGGCAAGCUGGACCAGGUAUACGCGGGUAGUGGAGAGGGCAAGGUGGACCAGGUAUACACGGGUAGUGGAGAGGGCAAGCUGGACCAGGUAUACGCGGGUAGUGGAGAGGGCAAGGUGGACCAGGUAUACACGGGUAGUGGAGAGGGCAAGCUGGACCAGGUAUACGCGGGUAGUGGAGAGGGCAAGGUGGACCAGGUAUACACGGGUAGUGGAGAGGGCAAGCUGGACCAGGUAUACGCGGGUAGUGGAGAGGGCAAGCUGGACCAGGUAUACGCGGGUAGUGGAGAGGGCAAGCUGGACCAGGUAUACGCGGUCAGUGGAGAGGGCAAGCUGGACCAGGUAUACGCGGGUAGUGGAGAGGGCAAGCUGGACCAGGUAUACGCGGGUAGUGGAGAGGGCAAGCUGGACCAGUUAUACGCGGGUAGUGGAGAGGGCAAGCUGUACCAGGUAUACGCGGGUAGUGGAGAGGGCAAGCUGGACCAGGUAUACGCGGGUAGUGGAGAGGGCAAGCUGUACCAGGUAUACGCGGGUAGUGGAGAGGGCAAGCUGGAUCAGGUAUACGCGGGUAGUGGAGAGGGCAAGCUGUACCAGGUAUACGCGGGUAGUGGAGAGGGCAAGCUGGAUCAGGUAUACACGGGUAGUGGAGAGGGCAAGCUGGACCAGGUAUACGCGGGUAGUGGAGAGGGCAAGCUGGACCAGGUAUACGCGGGUAGUGGAGAGGGCAAGCUGGACCAGGUAUACGCGGGUAGUGGAGAGGGCAAGCUGGACCAGGUAUACGCGGGUAGUGGAGAGGGCAAGCUGGACCAGGUAUACGCGGGUAGUGGAGAGGGCAAGCUGGACCAGGUGAAUACUAAUACUCCAGUGGGAAUUCUUGACCAGGUAUAUGCAGGUAGUCGAGGGGGGGCAUUCUUGACCAGGUAUAUGCAGGAAGUCGAGGGGGCAUUCUUGACAAGGUAUAUGCAGGUAGUCGAGGGGGGCAUUCUUGACCAGGUAUAUGCAGGUAGUCGAGGGGGUCAUUCUUGA